GAAGAAGAAGAAGAAGAAGGAGGAGGAGAAGAAGAAGAAGAAGCCGUGUUUGUUGUGUUGAAGACAAGCUUCACUGUGUCGUGUUAAAAACGACUUUCUUGAUAUAAGUGUGAAUGUAGUGGAUUGAAUCGCUUGAAGAUAGUCUCAGCAGGGUUGCUGCAUCGAAACCAGCAUGGCGUCUUCGUUUGUUGUCGGGGCUACAUUCAGAAACCGUGUGACUGAGUUGAUGGAGAACCCGGAAGGAUCUCUGCCGCAGGGACUGGAAGAAGAACUGGAAGAGCUUCUACACAAACCACCACCGACAGUGUUGACCUUCAGCACGGCAAGAAAACUCAAAAGAUACCUUGAGGACUCAGGGCAGCCUUUGUACCUGCAUGAGCUUCUGGAGGACAGUUCCCUGCACCUGCCCGAGUAUGUGAAGCCUCCCAGAAAUCCUGAGCUUGUAGCACGUCUGGAGAAGAUCAAAGCAAAACUUGCCAAUGAGGAAUACAACCGGAUGACACGUAAUGUUAACACUCAGGAGAUCAGCCGAAAUUGGACAUUCUCAGAUUUGGGACAGCAAGUGCGGUCAGUAAAAGCAGUUGUGGUGACUGUUUUCAACUUCUUGGUGACCGUAGUUGCUGCGUUUGCCUGCUCCUACAUGGGAAGUCAGUAUUUGUUCACGGAGACCACAGCGCGGGUCAUAUCAGCUGUGAUCGCUGCAUCUGUCGUCGGACUGGCCGAGCUCUACGUCCUGGUCCGGACCAUGGAAGGGGAACUAGGGGAACCAUAGCACAUGAGAAAACAAUGUUCAACAUGACGUUUCUUAAUUAUUAUUGUUUUUGUCAAGAAGUAUUACAUUCUUUUUUCCUCCGUGAUUUAAAUGCAGUUGUUAUUUAUUCCUAAUUAAUUUGUCACGUUUUGUCUUUUUCUUUGUGCUUUUGUGAAAUAAAAAUGUUAAUUGU